UGCUUCAGUUACGUUGAUAAUGUCAAAUCGUUUGGUUCGCUCUGCUGUCGCCACCGCCACCGCCCACGAGUACAACCACAACAACACUGCCGACGACGAGGGCCAGCGAGCCAAUAAAUUUUAAUAAAAUCCCCAUCACAACAAAGAAUAAACAACAGCUCAACCGGACAACCCAAAAAUUUCGUAUUCGUAUAACAAAAAUUGCAAAGGAAUCUGCAAUGCGCUGGGACAAGCAAAUGCCGGCUAAAAAAGUGUCAAAAUUUGUGAAAAUUAAUAUUUCACCAGAGAUUUGAGUGUUUCCAAAACAAACGAAACCCCGAACACUGCAAACAGUGGACAAACUUUUUUGUUUCGCAAAACUUUUAUUUCGUACACACUUUUUUCGUCCUACGCGAUUUGCUCGCGAAAAUUAUGAAAAAUAUGUGAGAAAUGUGCAAAAUCCGCAAAAUACUACAGUAAGGGCAAAGAGCAUAGGUCAAGCCCUAUCCCCCUAUCCUCCAGUGCGGGAUAUAUAUUCUGUACAGCCCCAAAAUCCCCUGACGUUGUCCUUUCAGUAAACCACCCACCACCACCCACGGCCCAUCUAGUGUCAUGUGUAUGUGCGGAAAGAAAAGCAGCCAAGUUGAAUGUGUGUGGAUCUGGGUAUGGGAGGUCGUGUAACGUGCUAAAAUAAGUUAAUUUAUUGCCGGCACAACAACAAUCACAACACACAAAGACAACAACUGCCGGCAGUCGUAACAUUUUCCCAGUUUCACCAGUUACCCAAAGUUAAAUUUCUGGAGCUGAGAAAACUAUUUCUGCAAAACUCAAAAAUAGGCCAAAUUCAAUUGACAUUUAUUGGCCAAUAUAUAUUAGGACCAAAAGGAAGCAAAAAAAGACGGAGAAAAGAAAAAUAACAAAACGGAGGAAACGGUCCCUACGCUAAAGUAGUAAAAUCAUAUAUUUCCAUGGCGAAGACCACUAUUCCGGGGGCAAGCACCCGUCACAUGCAAAUGGCCAAUCGGCGGAGGGUGGAGAAGGACGUGGGAUCCCAUGGAUACCAUGGUGCCCAAAGUGGGCGUAGCUGCAUCUGCUGGAUAUCCCUAGUACUAUUUCUCAUACUGGUGCCGGAUUUUAUUGAAGCACUCAAGGAUGUGUCGGUAAUGAUACCACAGGCAGUGAAACGUGGCAGCAAUGCGCUAUUCACUUGUAAUUACGAUAUGGAAAACGAUACUCUAUAUUCGGUUAAGUGGUAUAAGGGCAAGCGUGAGUUUUAUCGCUAUACGCCCAAGGAGAAUCCGGCGAUGAAGGUCUUUGCCAUGACAAGUGGUCUCAAUGUCGAGCGCAACCUUUCGAAUCAGAGCCACGUCGUCCUGCAGUCGGUGCCGCUGAAUAUUUCGGGGAAAUUUACAUGCGAAAUAUCGGUGGAGGCGCCCACUUUUCAAACGGCCAUGGUGUCCGGCGAAAUGGAGGUGGUUGAGCUGCCGGAAGAGCACACUGUGGUUACCGGGAUACAGGCACGUUAUCGCAUCGGCGAUUUGGUCGACGGCAAUUGCUCAAUUAAAUACUCGAAACCGGCUGCUAAUUUGACAUGGACUAUUAAUGGUAUUGUGGUGCCACCGCAUCACAUAAAGACCUACCAGACGGAGAAGCGGGAGAACAGCACCCUGGAAUCGGUAACAAGUGCCAUACAUUUCAUGGUCACCAAUCAGCAUUUCCUCAAGGGCCAGAUGAGGCUCAAGUGCACGGCCAAUAUCUUUGACAUCUUCAAGGAGGAAAUGGAGAGUGUUAUCGAGGAGGACCGGCCCAGGAUAAUGGCCUCGGGCAGAUCGUAUGACAUAAACAAUCAUCCCCUCGAGGAGCACACGAAUGGCGAACGGGGCGGCUUUGAAGAUCACAACGAGUCCUAUUUGACGUACUAUUCGGCGGAUAACACGGCAUCGGGAGCCUCGACAGCUGCACACGAAAUCUUCUGGCAGUUCUGGCCAUCGCAGCUGACAAAGCUCCCCAUCAACAGGCAGUUGGCGGGGGCGUGGCACUGGCUCUGUAGGGGCGGUGGAGCGGCAGCUCUUCUGCUUUUUUUCCUGCUGCAGCAAGGGCCGCUGGGCCAUCAAAUUAUCAACUGUCAAUACACAAAGCCGGCGACUGGCAAGGUGCAGCAGCAGCAACACCAACAGCAAUACCGACAACGCAGCAGCGGAGCCAGCAGCAGCAGCAACAUCGGGGUGACAGCUUCAAAGGCGGCAACAUCCGCAUCUAGCGACAAAUGCUUUUAUAAUUGUCAAAUGGCUAUGGCGAUGCCAACUCGGAGUCGUGAUGAUGAUGAUGAUGAUGGCGGUGAUGCGUAUAUUGGCAGCACGAGUGCAAAUGCAACAGCAACUGCCGAUGCUGAUGCUGCAGAUGCAGAUGCAGAUGUUGCUGCUGCAGGAGGAGUUGCGAGUUGCAGCAUUAAGCGGCUGUCAGCGACACUUGUGGGGGGCGGCGAUGCUGUAAGGGGCGUGGCCAGUGGGCCGGAUCAACGAUUAUUGAUGACUCGGCGGCGGGCAAGGCGGCAAAAGAAAUCGCUGGCAAUGGAUGCGAUGAUGCAGUCGCGUUGGAGCGCGUGCUGAUGCCGAAUUGAUGAUGAAAUCCAUUUUCGAAAGUAGCUUAAGGUGCUCGCCACCGUGCAAAAUAGCAGUAUAUGGCUCUUUUCCUUUUUCACACGAAUUGUUGAAAGGCAUAAUUGAUAUACAUUCGUACUCAUACUGAUUGCAUCAGCCAGCUGCACAAAUCGAUCUGGUCGUAGCUCUUAAGUGUUGAACGCAUAAGGUCAGGGAAAGUGCAGAAGGGUGGUAUAUAUUAUAUUUAAUUAUUGGAAGAGCAUAGUCAGCAAGUAGAUAUGAAACCGAUGAAUAAUAACAGGAAAUUAACUAAUGUUAGGUACAAUAUAACAUACGGUGAAACCAUUAAAUAAAGGAUACCCUGUACGCCGCACUAACUUUAAUUUAUUUUCAUUACGCAGUUAUAUAGAAAUAUAUGCAUUGUGCUGCAAAACAGAUCACCAAUCCAAUUUGUUAAGUUAUGUUUGUUUAGUUCAAUUCACUUUCAAAAAUAACUUUUUAUUUGAAAUAUGAAUUUUUUUGUAAAAAUAAUCACACCUUUUUCUUUUUACCUAGACAUCUCUUUACAGACAAUAAUAUCUACUCAAUAAAAAUAUGUAAAUGCUACAGCAAGCUUUUUACUUUAUGUUCCCAAUAUUUUCGAGCAGACGAUUAGCCUUCAAUGAAGGAAAGAUCAAGAAAUGCGGAUAGUAAAACCAGAAAUUCACAGUUACUUGGGGACUUACGUACAGGGUGAGAAAAUGCGUGUGCUUAGUCACUGAAAAUCAAAAGGUACUUUAUAUAGUUCUCAAAUACUUCAACCCCUUAAGUUAUAUAUCAAGCGAUAAAUAUAUUCACAAAAAACAAAGAGUUGUAGGAAAUUUGCACAGUGUACAGCAAGCUGACCUUUAGACUGCACUUGAGCUUAGCUUUCGGGUACCGUAGUGCAUUUUAAAGUGGGUUUUUGACAGCUUACGAAUUGUAAACAACCGAAGGUAAUUUUAUAUACCCAUUACUCGUGGCGAAAAGAGUAUACUAGAUUCGUUGAAAAGUAUGUAACAUGCAGAAGAAAGCGUAUUCCCGACUCUAUAGAUUAUAAACAUUCCUUUGAGUAACGGGUAUCUUAUAGUUGGCGAAAUCAACUAUAGCGUUCUCUCUUGUUUGAAUACUCAUUUCAAGAUAAAGACGAUAAAUUGUCAAUGUGUAAAUAAAAGCUUAAAACCAAACAAAAAAUAAUAUAUAGUAACAUCCACUGUACAGAAAGGAACUUUUUACGGUUGUGGAAAUGAAAAGCAAAAUUAAUUAUUAUAGCACGCGUUCAUUUGUAGAAAACAACGAAUACAUAGAGCAAAUUAAAACAAAAAGGAACCUUUAAUUUCAUGUCUUGUUUCGGCAAUAUUAAAUCUCGAAGAAAGCAAACGAUUAUUUAAACAUUUUUGGCCAACAAAAAUCCAGCGGUAAAUAGUUCCUUUACCUUAAACACAAUUCAAUGUAAUGCAAUGGGUAAUCGUAGCCAACAAGGAAUGAAAACUAAUCGAAAUAACGUUUGCAUAUAAGUAUAAUAAAUGUUGAAUAAUUUAUAAAAUCAGUAUAUAUAUCUAAAAUGUAAAUAAAAUAAAAAAAUGUAAUGAUAAAAUCUAUAAAGUAUAAAAUAAUUGGUGUACAUGUUAAAAAUAUUUAAUACAAAUAGAUAAACACAUAAAAAUAAACUGCAUGCCCCCAGAUUUUUGUAAUCAAAUCGUGUUGUGAAAGUUGUCUUCCCUAAUUUAUACCCAUUCCAUCAAAACAUUGACAGGGGAUUUUUAAUUUAAUUUUAGUAUGGUUUCAAUUAUAGCCAUAAAAUUAUAAACUAUAACCAUAUGUAUAAGAAUGUAAUAUUCUAGUUUUAUGUACAGAGAAAUGGGACAAACAUUUAAAUGUUACUAAAUAAAUAUUACACGUAUUAACCAAGAAAUUUGAAAUAGCAUUAAGAACAGUGAAUGUAUCCAGCUGCUAGGGACAACGAUAAGUCUUGGAUUUAUUAAGAGAAUCAAAAACGCGGGCAAAUGACUAGCACAUAAUAUAUUCAUAUCCCCGAAAAAUAACCCGAAAUGUGUAAAGUCCAAAUAAAUGUAAUAUUAAGAUUGCAGACAAAAGAAUAGUGAUGUAAAAAGGCAGCAAGAAAAUAAAGUAACCCCUAUUUAAAAACUA